GAGAGAUUCCCAGAGAAGUCAGAAACCGAAGGGAGCAUCGCCGUCGCCGCCGCCGCCGCGGGAUGUCGUCGUCGUCGAGCACUGGACCGACGGGCGUGGCGGUGUCUCCGGAGGUCGCGGCCGCGCUAGCGCGGGGCGGCGCAGUCGUUGCCCUCGAGUCCACCAUCAUCUGCCACGGCAUGCCCUACCCGAAGAAUCUCCAGACCGCCAUGGAGGUGGAGGCCAUCAUGAGGGAGAACGGCGCGGUUCCUGCCACUAUAGCCAUUCUCGAUGGUGUGCCGCAUGUUGGGCUCAGCAGUGAGCAAUUGAAGGGAUUGGCUGUAAGUGGAAGACAGUUUCAGAAGACGGCUAGAAGGGAUAUUGCACAUGUGGUUGCCUCUGGUGGUAAUGGCGCAACAACAGUUUCUGCCACUAUGUUUUUUGCAUAUAAGGUUGGCAUACCGAUUUUUGUAACUGGAGGGAUUGGAGGUGUGCACAGAAGUGGUGAACAGACCAUGGACAUCUCCUCAGACUUAACUGAACUUGGAAAGACUCCUGUCACUGUGAUAUCAGCCGGUGUGAAGUCUAUUUUGGACAUACCACGGACACUUGAGUACCUGGAAACUCAAGGAGUAACGGUUGCUGCCUACAAAACCAAUGAAUUUCCCGCUUUCUUUACAGAUGUCAGUGGAUGUAAGGUGCCAUGUCGAGUUGAUUCUCCAGAAGAGUGUGCCAAGAUAAUAUAUGCAAACAAUAAUUUAAAUCUAGGAUCUGGGAUUCUGAUUGCUGUUCCAAUUCCCAAGGAACAUGCGGCUUCAGGAAAUGCUAUAGAGUCCGCAAUACAGAAAACCCUCAAGGAAGCAGAGGAUAGAAAUAUAAUAGGAAACGCGAUAACCCCGUUCAUGCUUGACAGGGUGAAAGUACUAACCGGAGGAUCUUCGUUAGAAGCCAAUAUUGCACUUGUAAAGAACAAUGCUCUUGUUGGUGCCAAAAUUGCUGUAGCCCUUUCUGACCUUCGCCAGAGCGUAACAAACAGAUUUCGGAGAUCUGCUUUAUAGAGUGCAUGUACAAAGGCAAGCAAGGUCUGAAACUUUGGGCAUCCUGUUCGCUCUCACUAUUUAUGCUUGUACAAUUAGCUGGAAUAUCGUAGCAAAACCAUCUUUUUCUGGCACUAUGCGGUUGCAUGAUUUGUAGCGAGAUUUACGAGUGUAAGCCUGCGUUGGCGCAUUCCACUUCAGCAUAUCGUGCUUUUUUUUUAUCCGAUUUCAUGUUUUCACCAUAAAAUGAUGAAAGUUUGAACUGGACAUUUACC